AGUGGCUGCCGCGGCUGGGUCCAGGCUGAGGUCUACGAGUCCUCCUGAGUGGGCCGAGGGGGCUGCCUGGACCUGGCUGGCCGCCAUCAUGCACGACGCCUUCGAGCCAGUGCAGAUUCUGGAAAAGCUGCCGCUGCAGAUCGAUUGCGUGGCUGCGUGGGAGGAAUGGCUUCUAGUUGGGACAAAACAAGGGCAUCUUCUCCUUUACACAAUUCGAAAAGAAAUAGGAGAGGUUGCGACAUCAGAAAGUGGCUGUUGCAACAGGUUUGAAGUGAAACUAGAGAAAUCACACAAGAACUUCUCAAAGAAGAUUCAGCAGAUUCAUGUUGUGUCCCAGUUCAAGAUUUUGGUUAGUUUGUUAGAAAACAGCAUUUAUGUUCAUGACCUGUUGACAUUUCAACAGAUCACAGCAGUUUCCAAGGCUAAGGGAGCAACUCUCUUCACCUGUGACCUGCAGCACUCUGAUACAGGGGAAGAAGUCCUGAGGAUGUGUGUGGCAGUGAAAAAGAAGCUACAGCUAUAUUAUUGGAAAGAUAGAGAGUUCCAUGAACUGCAGGGAGACUUCAGUGUGCCAGAUGUACCCAAGUCAAUGGCAUGGUGUAAAAAUUCCAUCUGUGUGGGUUUUAAGCGGGACUACUAUAUAAUAAGGGUGGAUGGAAAGGGUUCUAUCAAAGAACUCUUCCCCACAGGAAAGCAGCUUGAGCCACUGGUAGCUCCUUUGGCAGGUGGCAAAGUUGCUGUAGGCCAAGAUGAUCUAACUGUUGUGCUAAAUGAAGAAGGGAUUUGUACACAGAAAUGCGCCUUGAACUGGACUGAUAUCCCAAUAGCCAUGGAGCAUCAACCUCCAUAUAUUGUGGCAGUGCUGCCAAGGUAUGUAGAGAUCCGUACUUAUGAGCCCCGUCUCCUGGUACAGAGCAUUGAGCUGCAGAAGCCACGCUUCAUUACUUCAGGAGGAACAAAUAUUGUGUACGUGGCAAGCAAUCAUUUUGUUUGGCGACUUAUUCCAGUUUCCAUUGCAACCCAGAUCCAGCAGCUUCUCCAAGAUAAGCAAUUUGAAUUGGCCCUGCAGUUGGCAGAUAUGAAAGACGACUCGGAUAACGAAAAACGACAACAGAUCCAUCAUAUUAAGAAUCUCUAUGCCUUCAAUCUCUUCUGCCAAAAACGUUUUGAUGAAUCUAUGCAGGUCUUUGCUAAGCUUGGGACAGAUCCCACCCAUGUGAUCGGUCUCUAUCCUGAACUGUUGCCAAGUGAUUACAAGAAACAGCUCCAAUAUCCCAAUCCUGUGCCCGUUCUCUCUCCAGCGGAACUGGAGAAAGCACAUUUGGCACUUAUAGACUAUUUAACUCAGAAAAGAAAUCAGUUGGUAAAGAAACUGAAUGACUCAGACCAUCAGUCCAGCACUUCUCCCCUCAUGGAUGGCAUCCCCACCAUCAAAUCCAAGAAGAAACUGCUGCAGAUCAUCGACACAACCCUGUUGAAAUGCUACCUCCAUACCAACGUAGCCCUAGUGGCACCACUGCUGCGCCUGGAGAACAAUCAUUGCCAUAUUGAGGAAAGUGAGCUUGUGCUCAAGAAAGCCCACAAAUACAGCGAACUGAUAAUCCUGUAUGAGAAGAAAGGUCUGCAUGACAAAGCUUUGCAGGUGCUAGUGGAUCAGUCAAAGAAAGCUAACUCACCUUUGAAGGGCCAUGAGAGGACAGUACAGUAUUUGCAGCAUUUGGGCACAGAGAACUUGCAUUUAAUAUUUGCUUAUUCUGUUUGGGUGCUUAGAGACUUUCCUGAAGAUGGAUUGAAAAUAUUUACAGAAGACCUUCCUGAGGUGGAGUCGCUCCCCCGUGAAAGGGUUCUUAACUUCCUGCGAGAGAACUUUAAAAGCUUGGCUAUUCCUUACUUGGAACAUAUAAUCCAUAUCUGGGAAGAAGCUGGUUCAGAAUUCCACAAUUGCCUUAUUCAACUUUAUUGUGAGAAAGUGCAAGGCUUAAUGAAGGCAUAUCUCACCACUUUUCCUCCAGAUAAAACACCAGUGCCAGCUGGAGAGGAGGAAGGAGAACUAGGAGAGUACCGGCAAAAACUUCUUUUUUUUCUUGAAACUUCCAGUUGUUAUGAUGCUGAGCAACUCAUCAGUGACUUUCCCUUUGAUGGCCUUCUAGAAGAACGUGCAUUGCUGCUGGGGCGGAUGGGAAAUCAUGAACAGGCACUCUUUAUAUAUGUGCACAUCUUGAAGGAUACCAAAAUGGCUGAAAAUUACUGUCACAAACACUAUGAUAGAAACAAAGAUGGCAACAAAGAUGUAUACUUGUCUCUACUCCGGAUGUACCUCUCACCACCUAGUGUUCAUUGUUUAGGACCAAUCAAGAUGGAACUUCUGGAGCCUCAAGCUAAUCUCCAGGCUGCAUUGCAGGUUUUGGAGCUUCAUCACAGCAAGUUGGACACUACCAAAGCAAUAAACCUCCUCCCAGCCAACACUCAAAUUAGUGAGAUCCGAAUCUUCCUGGAAAAGGUCCUUGAAGAAAAUGCACAGAAGAAGCGAUUCAAUCAAGUACUUAAGAACCUUCUCCAUGCUGAAUUCCUGAGAAUACAGGAGGAACGGAUUGUACACCAGCAAGUAAAAUGUAUAAUCACAGAGGAAAAGGUUUGCAGUGUAUGUAAAAAGAAGAUUGGAAAUAGUGCCUUUGCCUACUAUCCCAAUGGAGUAGUUGUGCAUUAUUUCUGUUCCAAAGAAGUGGGUGCAACGGACACCUGAAAGGAAUAGCAUAUAUAACAUGAACUGCAGUAUGAUGCUUAUGUGGAAGGAGAGAGAAGAGGCGAUUAAACAAGCAAAGGCAUCUCUGAUCUUCUGAGCCCUGUUGCUUUCAAAUGACUUGAGGCCAAAGCGGCUUCAUCAGAUCACUCUUCUUGUACCCUGCCAGUAUUGGCUUAGUACAAUAAACCACGUCUGCCUGUUCUUCAAUAUACUUGCCAGUAGGAUAACCUCAGCCCUCAAGUGUGAGGAAGGAAGAAAAUAGCAAUGAGUAGCCAUUGCACUCCAGUUCUUGCAGCAGUAAUCUUUAGACAAGUCUCAAAUAUUGACCAAGGAAAGUCAAGACAUGAUGAAAAUGAUAAUGGAUGGGAGAUAUGUUUUGUGUUGGAUUCUGUAUUCCAGUCAUAGAAGAAAAAACUUUUUGUCAGCGUUGUAUUGAGAUUUACUUAAUCAGCAUUGUAUUGCGAUGUACAUCUAUCAGACAUUUGGAGGCUGGUACUUCUAGAAAGACUUGUUCCUGGAUUUCCUCCUUCCUAGUGUUAGGAAUAAGUAGAUAUUGUCCAGAGAAUUCUUACCCUUUGUACCCAGAGUAGUUAUCAGUAAUAUAAGAAUGUUCCAAGGGUUAUAAUCUCAUACAGUGUGAUUGAAACUGUUUUCUCCCUUUUCAGUUUGCUUUCAAGAAGUAUGUAAAUACAGACUCUUUGCACUGUGUAUAGUUGUUUCUGUUACUAAUGUAAUGAAAAGUGGCAAUGAUUGUCAGAAGGGACAGGGAACAGGCAUCUACACUUGUACCAAAAAUUAAAAACAACCCGUUAGCAUUCUCACUCUGAAAAAUUAGGUGUGUGUGUAUCUUACUGCUCAAGCAGUGGCAAUUUGAUGUUGCCAUUGCUUGUAAAUUCAGUGCUUUUUAUUCAGUCUCUAACUUCUAAUUAAACUAGACACUUACUUCAGUUGUGACUAUUUUGAGUGAACUAUAUCCCAUUCAAACUGAUGCCAUCUGUGGCUUUGUGUACCCAGAUCACUUUAAUAUUGGAAAAUUCUGGUUUGCACAUGGCCUUACAGGCUGUAGUAUUUGUUUUAACGUUUUGUUUCCCCCAAAAAAAUUUAAUCUGGAAAGGUAAUAUAGAUGUAUAUUAGUGUUCACUUCAUGCUAAGAGCAAUUGGUUCAGAUUAGUUGUAUUGGGAAAUUUCCUCAACAUCUCAGUCCAGCUAGUACUUACAUCAUUCAACUAGUUUGGGCAUAGAAUUAAUUUCCAGGUUUUGCCAAAAAUCCACAGUUGUCUCCCAACAAGUAGGCUGAGGAAAUUAAGGUACAGUAAAGCCUUCCUGUAUGCUGUCUGGAUUUCUCCAAGAUAUCCCCUGACUUGUUGAAGCACAAGGAUAAAUAUAAUGCAUACUGAAAUUUCUGUAAAACAGCUUGGUCUUCUGUAGCAGUUGCUUCCCUGAUUUUCUCCAUGACAUUUUCAUUAUUGUAUAUCCUCAAGGUCAUAUCUACUGCAUUUUGGGCAGUAAAUCUUACUGUUGGGUUUGGGAUUGGCUCUUGUGUGAAACUUUUUUUUGGUUGUUCCUUCUAUUUUUUCUGCUUGAAGAAGAGAACAUAAACAAUGCCACUGGAUUUUGUUUGUGCAUUUAUUCAGAUACCUUUGUUAGGUACUAGAGAUUGGGCUUGGAGAUGGAACCGUAUACAUAACCAACAACAGAAAGCUAAUGUAUAAAAUCAAUAAUCUGUGUAGCCCAUUCUGACCCUAACAAUGCACAGGUGACUGUUUGCUGCCAUAAAACUCUGUGCUGCAUUGAGGCUUCUCAAAUGUACUUUUUCACAAUGAAGCUUCUAUGUGCCUUGUUUCAGCUUAGUUACAUAUUUUUUGCAGAGAUGUGGCUUGUGCUAUAAUUGCCUGCAGAUAAGUCUUGCACAGUAUCUGGGACAUUAAUUGUAAACCAGGUUUAUUUAAAGCAAUAAAUUAUUAUGAAAAUUUGAGAAAUCAA